AUAGAUCGUGCUCUUCAACAGAAUUUGGAAAGAUUAGUGCAAGCAGUAGAAGAGAACGCAGAAGAUGCUGAUGCUUGGUGCCGUCUUGGUUUGUCUCAUGCAGAGAAUGAACACGACGCGAAAGCAAUCGCAGCAUUUAAUAAAUGUCUCAAAAUCCAACCGAAUAAUGAAGAGGCUUUGCUCGCCUUAUCUGUCUCACUCGCCAAUGAAUCUGUAGACAAUGAGGCGUUGAAUCAGCUGGAGAAAUGGCUGGUCGCGCAUCAAGGCGGCGAUCCAACAACGGUCCAGAAGGCACAUGCUGGCUACAGCUCGUUCCUUGACCACGACACUUUCAAACAGGCAAGUUCAACUUUCAAAAACAGGGGGGCUCAUCUUAAAGGCGCCCUUACAAUCCACCGAUCUUCAACUAACGGCCUUGAGAAAAUCUCAAUUCAAUUUUGUGUUUGUGACCGAGGAAUUUUACCAGCUGCUGAGUAUUUUUUUCAGGUGGAAGAGCGCUUUUUGAGUGCAGCACGGCAACAAGCUGGCACGGCAGAUGCUGAUCUACAGAAUGCACUUGGAAUACUGUAUAAUCUGAGCAGGAAUUAUGAGCGAGCAGUGGAGUGCAUAAAACUUGCCAUAGCGAGUAGGCCAGAGGAUGCACGAUUAUGGAAUCGCCUCGGCGCCACGUUGGCCAACGGUGAUCACACUCCAGAAGCCGUAGCUGCUUAUAGGGAGGCACUGAAGCGGUAUCCGCUAUACGUGAGGGCUCGAUACAAUCUGGGCAUCAGUUGUCUGCACCUCAACAGCUACAGAGAAGCUGUGGAACAUUUCGUAUCAGCGCUGGACUUACAAAAAGGUGGCAAGGAAAACUCGUCCAUUUGGCCAACGUUACGUUCGGCGGACUAUUCGACAUUGCGUGAGCUCCGCAUGACCUGCUGUCUGCUUUGGACCGACGAGAUCUGA